AGCUCAUCAUGGAGUAAGAGUGGAUUGUUGGCAGAUGAGGGCGCUUCGCCGCCAUGUGAAACACACACACACACACACGCACACGCACACAAACACGCACACAAUACACACAUACACACACAUAUACACACGGUGGCUCAGUCUCAGCGAGGUGGUGUUGUGUGUGUGUGUGUGUGUGUGUGUGUGUGUGUGUAGCCCUGAAAGUACAGCUCAGGCUUGAUGAUGAAGUGAGAGGCAGAAAAGACAGAAAUCCGUCCGAGGGGAAGCGGCGCGCACUGGAGCCGAGGUGUGGGUGGGCGAUGUGAACGAACCCCGCUCGGAGCAGAUCUGGUUUCGGGGCCGAGCAGCAGGCUCGAGGUGCGGGAGCAGGACUUUUCCGCGCCUGUCGGAGCUCGCGCUGGACAUCAGAUGACCAAGUUCUGAAAAGUCGAUCCGCUCGAGACAUCACAACAACAUCAUGGCCUUCUCUUCACCCUCCUCUCACCUCCUGAUUCUUCUAAUUUCCUGCCUGGACUGGCCGUCCACUCCCACUUCGGCGUUUCUCUUGGACCGGGACCACAUGACAACAUCAGCUCCCAUUGAGCCUCAUUUCACUGAGUGCGUGUCCAGGGAGCAGGAGACAUUCCGCUGCUGGUGGAGUCCAGGCACCUUCCAGAACCUGUCCUCCCCUGGAGCUCUCCGAGUCUUCUACCUUAAGAAAGACCGUCCAAUCAUCGAUCAGCGAUGGAAAGAGUGUCCCCACUAUGACUAUUCAAACAGGGAAUGCUUCUUCGACAUGAACCACACAGUUGUUUGGACCGCCUACUGCUUGCAGCUGCGCAGCCAAAACGCCACCUUUUUUGAUGAGGACGAUUGUUUUACAGUGGAAAAUAUUGUACGUCCAGACCCACCAGUGGCUCUAAACUGGACCCUCCUGAACUUAAGUCCCUCUGGACUAAGGUAUGAUGUCAUGGUCAACUGGGAGCCCCCGCCCUCUGCAGACGUCGACACGGGCUGGAUGCGCCUUGAGUACGAAUUCGAGUAUAGAGAGAUAAAUACCACAAACUGGAAAUCGCUGACGAUUCAGCGGCACACUCAGCAGGCACUCUACGGUCUGCACAUAGGCAAAGAGUAUGAAGUGCACAUCCACUGCAGGAUGCAGGCCUUCACCAAGUUUGGAGAGUUCAGUGACUCCAUCUUCAUUCACGUGGAUGAUAUUCUCAGCGGAGAGAGUACGUUCCCGCUCACAGUUGUACUUGUUUUCGUGAUUGUGGGCUUCCUCAUACUCCUCUUGCUGAUUGUCGUCUCUCAGCAGUACAGAUUCAUGAUGAUUCUGUUGCCACCAGUUCCUGCACCCAAAAUUAAAGGCAUCGAUCCAGAGCUGUUGAAGAAGGGGAAGCUGGACGACCUGAAUAUGAUCCUGAGUGGUGGAGGUAUGGGCGGCCUGUCCACCUUUGCACCAGAUUUCUACCAAGACGAGCCGUGGGUUGAGUUCAUCGAGGUGGAUGCUGAGGAUGGGGACUCUGGGGAGAAGGAGGACAACCAGGGCUCAGACACCCAGAGGCUCCUUGGCCUGCCCCAACACGCCAGCCACCACAUGAACACCGGAUGCUCCAACGCUAUCGGCUUCCCGGAUGAUGACUCAGGAAGGGCCAGCUGUUAUGACCCAGAUGUUUUCGACCAUGACACCCUAAUGAUGAUUGCCACCCUGCUGCCAGGCCAACCCGAGGACGGAGAAGCAUCCCUCACUGUGGGAGAAGGAUUUUCAACCUCAGAUAGGAACCUCGUCCAAACCCAAACUGCAGGUCCCCAGACUUGGGUCAACACAGACUUCUACGCCCAGGUCAGCAACGUCAUGCCCUCUGGAGGCGUGGUGCUGUCUCCCGGCCAGCAACUCCGGAUCCAGGAGAGCGCCUCAGCCACUGAGAGUGAAACACAGAAUAAAGGAAAAGAGAGCGAAGACAACGAGGGGACGGCGAAGAAGAAGCAAAAAGAGCUGCAGUUUCAGCUGCUGGUCGUGGAUCCCGAGGGAAGCGGCUACACCGCAGAGAGCACCACCCGGCAAAUCAGCACACCCCCUGGCUCCCCUAUGUCUGGUGAAGGGUACCAAACCAUACCCCUGCAGCCAGUGGAGACCAAAGUGGAUGAAAACCAAUCAUCUUACAUUGUUCCUGAAUCUCCCCAGUCCCAGUUCAGUGCUCCUGUUUCAGACUACACAGUGGUGCAGGAGGUGGACACUCAGCACAGUCUGCUCCUCAACCAACCUCCCCGUCAGUGUUCCCCUCCAUGCCUGCCACAGUACCCCCUCAAGGCCCUACCUGCUAUGCCUGUAGGGUACAUCACCCCAGACCUGCUGGGGAGCCUCUCACCAUGAAAUGACCAUGCCAUUGGACCUUAGGGUGCAAGGUUGAUUAACUAGGAAGUCCCCCAUAUUCACAAAAGCCUGUUUCUACCUAAUUCCUGCUGGAAACCAAAAAACCUGUAGCACAAAGUGCGAGGAGCCUUUAAAGGUGUUUGUUUUCAGAGGGUUGCUGAAAGGGCGUAAUGAGCUGUUAGUUUCUGACUCUGCCUCGUCAGUUAAUGUGAUAUGGAUGUUGGAGUUGACCGAACGUACGUGUUAGAAAAAUUACAUCCAUGUAAUUGACAGACACAUAACAGCCCUAGACUGUGGCUGUAAUGAGUCCGUCCCCCCCCCCUCAAAAAAAAGCAUUAGCUCACUGCUAACCUCGCUCCAGUCUCAUUGCAUCCUCUGGCUGAUUGUGUUUGGAGCAUUGACAAUACAGAAGUCUUAAUCUUGCUGAGACUUUUCAGUGUAAGAUUGACGAAGAGAAGCACACUCUCGUCAUGCGUUUCACCCCCCUCCCCCCCCCCCCACGUCAUUGCUGUCCUUGACACCUCUCGCUGGUGGAGAUGUUUGCCGCUUAGAUCAUGGCUUAUUUUGUUAUCUUAAAUUUCUUAUUUCAUCAUGUGAUCUUAUAAGCACUUCGCUAGAGAUAUAUAUUUUUAUACAUAAAGAUAUAGGAAGAAUCAGCCCCUAAAUACAGUUCCAGCCAGAACUAAGCAGUUUUACUUUGCAUUCUUGGCUUCGCUUUGUUCAUAGUAUGCUGGUCACAUUUUAGUGGAUAUAUUGCCAAUCUGAUGUCAAUUUUGCUCAGAAAAAACAUAAGCCGUUUUCAGACAUGAACUCCGGAGGAUUGUAUACGGGAUUGGGUCCAUACUCUUUUCGUUCAGAUGCGUUCACGACAACAAAAAUUUUGUUCAGGUUGAGAACGUAACAUAUUAAUUACACUGCUUUCCGUCCUUUGGAGGUGUUGAAAGUCAUUAUGGGAAGUCGAUUAGCAGUUGAGGUGACAAAUAAAAGGGAAAUGAAAACGUGGAGUUUAUAUGUUUUCAUUUUAUUUUGAAAUGCACGCUGCACUGUGAGCAUACAUCACUUACAAUACUCAUCAACAUUUCUUAUAGUGUGUGGAAUGGUCUACUCAGAUUCAGUCUCAUCUCGGAGACGCUCAGUACAAAUAGUGCCGUACUACCACCAAGUGCCUUGCCCAAGGGCAUGUUAUUUUCCACAAGGGAACACCAGGCGGUUUGGGAGAAAAAUAAACAACGCAUUACACGCAUGCAGCAACAUGAGGCCAAGAAUCUUUUUCAAGCAUCCACUCACUCAUUCACUCACAAUCCAUCACUUUAAACUGCAAGCUUUCAACUCGAGAGAUUUAUUCUUCUCAUGUUGCAUAGUUAUUGCAGGGACAGCAACUGGAGCAAGUUGAGAGACUGUGAAAGUACGUAAUAGCUGUAAUUAGCUAACAUUUUAUACUUAUUAACUGCCGAGUACACCGUGUUAACCACCUGCGCUAUGAUAGUGUUAUUGGCUCGCCUUAUGCGUGGGCUGAGGUUUGCAUAUGUCAUUGGGAUUUGUGCAUUUAUGCAUUGCUACAAUAUAUUCAGCAUAUGUACCGCUAUGUAGGUGAAGCCUCUCUGCAUAGAUUGACUACAAAAAGCCUGCACAUGCACUAAAACAGUAACAUGCAUGCACACACACACACUCACACACAAACAGCUGCAUGAUAAAUAUUUUCCUUAAUUGACCGAUUUAAUUUUGCCUUCCUGACAUAGCCAAUAACAUUAUGAUCUGAACAUUGUCUAAGCAAAUAGUUGUGAGGAUGUUGAUUUUCUGAGGCCAGUCAACUGUAAUUUGCAUGUUUCUGAUUGCGCUUGUAAAACUGACCACAGUUUCCAAACAAAAAUGCUGAUCAGGGCCAAAGGGGCAGAGAUCCAGCUUCGGGUCGGAUGGUGAAAACAAGUCGAUUCAAUUUGGCUUAUAAUAGUUAUUUUAACCUUAUGAUAAUCUUAGAAUAACAUGUUAGGAUAUUAUUUUGGCAGAAUUGUCUCCUAGUCACUGAGUGUGCCCUUGGUUCAUCAACGGUGUUUGAUUAUAACGGCAAAAGAGGCUUAUAUGGCUUUGUAUUUUUUCAUUCUUUGAAUUAAAGACAUUGACAAUAUGCCUGUGGCAAACAGCAGCAUAGCACACUACACAAUAAGCUACAUAAGUAAAGGUUGGGCUAUAUGCAUGAUGGGAUGCGACAUAAUGAACUUUCAUGUGCGAAUGAGUGAGAGAUGAACACAUAACACAAAGGGACAACAUAUCCUGCCUUGGAAUUAUCCUUGAGAUAAGCAGGCCAGUGACUCACUAAGGAACAGUCUAUUUUGUAUCAGACAAUCCCAUAAUGAAGAGAGACAAAGCAAGAGCCUUAGAAUGACAAUUUAUAAAAGAAAUGUGAAUAUAAUAAACAUGUGCCAUUUCCCUCUUUCUCAAUUUUUCUCAAAAGAGCUCAGUGUUCUGUUGUUGCUGCCAUAAGUGCUAAUGAUACCAGCAGGUCAAUGCUGUUGCAGAAAUGUCUUAAUAUAUUUACUAGUGCUGUAAAAUUACAAGUAUAUAUUUUUUUUAAUGUCAUUAAUGUUACUAAUCACAACAUAUUGCUGCUCGGUACAUAAAGCCUUACUGUGGUGGGAGGGGUUCAUUCAACACUUUAAAUGCUGAGGCGAUGAAAACCUGCCAAAUGGACGAUACUGAUUUCUGGAAAUGAUCUGGAAACAAUCUGUUUCUUUCCCCACCAACCGACUCCCACCAUUCCCAACCAAAGAUCCCCAGAAGGCUCUCUGUUUAUAUGAAGGAAAAUCAGACAAUGGAAAAAGCACUGCUAAGAUUCGAUUUUUCUUUUUCCAGAUGUACCGUGGUGAUGUGAAUGUGUGCAAACUGGAAAAAGUAAUGCAAUUAUGAUAAAGUGGAAAAUUUGUUUGAAAAAAAAAAGGGAAAAAAGGUAAAGAGGUUACUGCAUUGUGUCAGCGUUUUUUUUUCCUGUUUUUGCCAUUACCAGUUCACAAUGAGCUAAUUCUUAAUGUAGUGUAAAAGGUUGCGAUGGUUAUUACGAGCUUAUAAAUGUUACAACAGACUUUAGAGCAAGCACUUUGUACAAAUACAGUAUAUGUCUGAAUUUUUAAAAAUAGUAUUCAGAUUUUCUAUAUCGGACAAAAUCCUGUCUAUGAAUUACAUGUUAUUACAAGCAGCGUUCUAUAUAUAUAUAUAUAUAUAUAUAUUUUUUUUUUCAUUCAGCACAAUAAUCUGACUUUGAGGACCCUUCAGUAUCAAUAGAGUUUAGUUUUGUUCAACAGAGUUUAUGUUCAUAGGACAUAUUUUACACUACCAGAUUGUUAGGAUGAUGUACUGUAAUGGAGUAUUUAAUGUUUGCUAAAAGAUUUAUGGAUAGAUGAUAGAGCAGAUAGUGUUUGAGAGAAACUAGUUCUACUGUAACUCUACCCUCGUUACACGUCUCCCGCUAUGUGAUUUCAGCAUUUUCCUGAUAAAAGUGCAUUUAAAUGGAGCUGAAGUGUUUUAUAAUGAUUUUCCUGGCUACGUUUUUUUUUUUUUGUGUGUGUGUCAGUUGAAGAGUGGCUUUUGUCACCAUGCUUAGCCUGGGAAUGAUCAAGAGAGCUGGAGUCUGUGCUGGUUUUUACUCUUUUGUCAAAAUAAAAGCGACUCGUGCCAGAUAUGUUUCAGCUUAUUGGAGAAACAGUUGGAUUCUCGACUUGAGUUCUGUAGUAUAUAGACUUGUUUUGUUUUUUUCAUGAAUAGGUUCAGUGGCUUCGACCUUUAUUUGUGUGUGUGUGUUAUAUAUUUGAUUGCUCAGAGCCAUCACAUUACCCUACUACCUGUAACGGGCGGGGGCAGCAUGAAUCACAUAUGUGCUGUUAUUCUCUGACGUGUGUCGUUCAGGCUCACUGCACCAGAAUUAUUCUACAUGUCAGACUUUGAAACAGCUGCAUUGUGAUCUCCAGUGUGUAAACAUCGGUUUGCAUUGGCCUGACUAAUUCAUAAUGACUUCACACUUUAUUUUCUUGCCCUCCUGACCUUGGAGCCAAUGUCCUUGUCUGUUCGCUGUUGUUUUACUCGAGGCCGGGUGUUGAACAUUGAUGAUUUGAUAUUGUUCCCUUACCAGUUGAGCCUUUCUGGUGUUGUAUGUGUGAUCAAUAAGCUCUCAACAAGUAACUCAAUAAAUGUACAUACUGCAAACUCUAA